AGGAAGCAGAGCAGAACGGUCAUGAUCUGGGAGGAAGAUUGGGCUCAGACGGACGUUUUAGACAAACCAUGUGAGGGAAGUGUUUACAGCACUGGCGCUGUGAGCAAAAAGAGAUGGCUGGGAAGUGCUUUACACUCUGUGAUCUACUUCUGAACCUCAUUACCUUUAAACAAAGGAGCCGCGUAAAAAAUAGUCUGAUGGAGAAGUGAACUGGCAGUGGAUGAGCCUGUUUAAACAUUUCCUACUGAGAUACCAACAGUAGCUCUGUCUCAGUGACCCGGUGCCUGAGGAGGAGGUCACCAUGAUCUCCACAGCUCUCCGCUGGCUGGUCCUGGUGUCUUUUAUCAUUCUGACCAUCGGAGGGAACGUGCUGGUGUGCUUGGCCGUGGGGCUCAGCCGCCGACUGUGGCGCAUCGCUAACUGCUUCGUGGUGUCCCUGGCCGUGGCAGAUCUUCUGCUCGGCCUGCUGGUGCUGCCCUUAUCUGCCACCGUGGAGCUCCGCAGCGGAAACUGGCCCCUCGGAGGAUCCCUGUGUAACAUCUACAUCUCGCUGGACGUCAUGCUGUGCGCAUCCUCCAUCCUGACCCUGAUGGCCAUCAGCGUGGACCGAUACCUGGCCAUUUCAGCUCCCCUCAGCUACUCUCGGAGAGUAACCCCUCUGAGGGUGACGCUGGCCCUGAUCGCCAUCUGGGCCUUGUCACUGGCCGUGUCCUUUGUGCCCAUCCACCUGGGCUUGAACACGGCGGACUACAGAGUGCAGCACUUGGACUGGGGCAUGGAGGACGACGACAAGGAGGGACACUACUGCCAGUUUGAAUGGAAUAACAACUAUGUUCUCGUUUAUGCCUUUGGCUCAUUUUACCUGCCUCUGCUGCUCAUGUGUGGGAUGUAUCUUUGCAUAUUCAGAGUGGCACGAGAACAGGUGCGGCGUAUCCGUGCUGCCACUCCAUCGUUUGCACGCGCAGCAUCGACUGCAGCUAUAGCACGAGAGCACAAAGCCACGGUGACCCUGGCAGCCGUGCUGGGGGCCUUCAUCAUCUGCUGGUUCCCCUACUUCACCUUCUUCUCCUGCAUGGGCAUAAGGAAAAAGACAAACCCCCCUAACACACUUAACUCUGUGAUCCUGUGGCUGGGCUACUUUAACUCGGCACUCAACCCCAUCCUGUAUCCGGCCUUCAACAGGGAUUUCCGCAGGGCCUACGGAGAGCUGCUUCGCUGCAGAUGGCCGUGUCGCAGAAAACUGCAGCUGUCUGCGCAUAAACGAUUAACCUUUACUAAUGGCAAAAAGGUUUCUCAACAGUCUGGGAAACAUAUAGACACAGUUAAUAAAGAAACUGAGGGGAAGAGCCUCACUCUGCAUGAGAGGAAUGGCGUCCCUGAUGAGCCAAGGUGAAACGCAACGGAUGUGUUGUUGUUCUGCUGGACUGUAGACUGCAGCAUCAUGAUGUACUCACAGUACCAGAUUAGCUAACCAUUUACAGUAUCACUUAGAUGUUUAGUGUAUGGUGCCAAAGAUAAUACAAUUUGUGUAAAACUCAAGGCACAACAUGAUGAAUAUACACAGCUUUUUUGUACUUGAUACAAAACUAGUGGUUAAAGCAAAUCCAAUGUCCAUGUGCUUGAUUAAAAGGUGCCCAAUAUUUUCUUGAUUACAUCAAAUGUUAUGAUCAAUGAAAUUGAAAGCACUGAAAUGUCUUAUGUGUCUUAGACAGGUGUAAAAAAGAAAAGAUACAACAAUGUAAUUGAAAAUAAAGAGCAGGCACAGCAGAGCAGAGUGGAAUGAAUAGUUGACUCAGUACGUUUCCCAGCCGGCAGCAUGGAGACACAAGCGGUUACAAGUUUGCAAACUGUUUAUUUUCUCUUCUCUCAACCCUGCCAAUGAAAGUGAAUAAGUGACCAGCAGGUCGAUUUGAUGUGUUCAAAAUAUGUAUGUUUGACUUGACCCAAGCGGGGUGAGUUUAAUGACUUCCCGGGUGUUUCAACAGAUUAACUGCAUCUGCACAGGACAUCUUUUUUUCUCUAAAAAAAAGUGUAUUUGUAUUACUUUUGCAUACCUGCAUCACAGUCUAACCCUGAAUUAUGAUAAUGACGAGUUGCAUUAAUGAAGUCACA